UAAUAGAUUUGUGUCAUGUGUGAUUUUUAUGCCUCUCCUCCAUGUUUGCCGACCUGCAGUUUCCUCCAUAAAAACACGUCUCUCUUUCUGUGCGUCCCAACAGGCCAGGUGAGCCGCUCGGCCCUGAAACAGCCUCGGAGUUGUAACAUCUUCAAAGCACUCUUCUGUUGCCUCCAAGCUCAGGAUGGCCCCAAACCACAGCCACCACUGCCGCCACCUUCCCAGCAGGCCUUGCUGGAGUCACAGGAAAAUGGGACGGUUGUCAAGCAGUAUGAGCCCAGCCUCCUGCCUGAGAUAGAGGACCAGGACCAGGGGAAGAUCUGUGUGGUCAUAGACCUGGAUGAGACCCUGGUGCACAGCUCAUUCAAGCCCAUUAGUAAUGCAGACUUCAUCGUGCCUGUGGAGAUAGAGGGGACCACACACCAGGUGUACGUCCUGAAGAGGCCGUAUGUGGACGAGUUCCUGCAGAGGAUGGGAGAGCUGUUUGAAUGUGUGCUGUUUACAGCCAGCCUCGCAAAGUACGCAGACCCAGUGACGGACCUGCUGGAUCACUGUGGGGUAUUCAGGACUCGGUUAUUCCGGGAGUCUUGUGUUUUCCACCAGGGCUGCUACGUCAAAGAUUUGAGUCGCCUGGGCCGAGACCUUCACAAAACCCUCAUCCUGGACAACUCUCCUGCCUCCUACAUCUUCCACCCUAAUAAUGCUGUUCCUGUCGUGUCAUGGUUCGACGACGUGGACGACGCUGAGCUGCUCAACCUUCUGCCUGUGUUUGAAGAACUUAGUCAAGCUGAUAAUGUUUACGACCGGCUGGACCAGCUCCGUGGACAGUAGAGACGCUCUGAUCGGUUCAGAGCUCCAGCUUGAAAACUUCUUCAGCUACAACAGAAACCCUUUUUUUUUUUUUUUUUUUCAUUUACAUCUCGAAUAGAUACUUAAGAGUUUACAGACUCUGCUCUCCAAGCCUCUGCACAAAAUCCUCUGUUUAGAAAAUCGUAUUAUCUCGGGGUUAAGGAAAUUCCAAGGCUGUAAAAACAACACAAUGUGUUUGGCUGAAGUGAAACUAUAGAUUACAAUCUGAGGCCUUUCCUCCCAACCUCAGCGCUGACAUUGUUGACAACCACUAUUUGAAAGAACGCUGAGAAAGAGCGGAAAAACAACCAAAGCAGUCCCAUCACAAUCACUCCAGUCAAUAUUCAAGUGGUGAUGUUGCCAAAGCAGAAGCCUGCCUGCCUGCCUGCCUGCCCUGACUUGACUUUUUUGGACUUUUGUGUUUUUUUAUUAUUGUGCCUUCACGGAACAACAAGAAAAAAACAUCAGCUCUUUUUUUAAAAUUUCCACCAGAUUUUAUACAUUUAUUGAUUUCUUUUUUAUAGGUUGUUUUAUAAGGAAGUCUAUUUUUUAAACAGUGAACGUGGUUCUUCUAUGCAACCCAUGGACAGUACCUCCUGAGUAGCCAGUCAAUAAUUGCAUUCAGCAGAUGUAAACAUUACUGUGUAGCCUUAUUCACCUGUAAAUGAGCGAACAAACAAAGUGUAUUUUACCUAUUUGUACUAUAAGCAUACUUUCUAGACAACAAGUAUACAUCAGAAGCGGUCAGUUUUGAUAUGUUGUAAGUAAACAGGGUGAAAUCUUGUCUUUGAUGGUCCGUUGAAAAGCAGACACACUGGAUUAUGUUGGCACAUAGGACGACCAGAUAUGCCACCGUUUUCAGUCAAGGUUUGAAUAAUAGUUCACUUGUUACCGUGUUUUCUUGUAUUACUAUAUGACAAACAACUUGCACUUGUUUUUUUAUUGACAGUGCUGAACGUAAAAAAAAAAAACUGUGCCUUUGAAAUUCGGACAGAGAAUGGUGUUCUGCCUGAAAAGAGAUUUGUAGGCCCUACACAGUCUGAUGUGUCAUGCUGAGCGUGAGUAAACACUGUCAAGAGCAAGUGUAAUGCCAUGUGGCUGUGGUACUUGCAGUGCAACACUUGAAAAAUAUCAAAUUUGAUUUUUUUUUAAAGCAUGUGUGAGCGUUUUGUUUCUGUAUUUAUUGGCCAAAAACAUGUAUUGUCCAGUAAUCCGUUGGCCUAGUUUGAGGCCGGCCUUGUGUUUAACUGUUUUAUCUGUGCCUCGAUUUUCUGUCAAAGCUAAAGAUAAUCCAAAAAAAAAAAAAAAACAUCAGCAGUUAAAUCACACACAUGUUAUCAAAUCAAUAAAUCCUGCAAGUUUGUAUUUUUCAUUUUGAAUUCAGUACUUUAGUUUUGUUGGGGUUUAAGUCUGGGUAAUAUGUAUUUUUUUCUAUGUUUAAUGUCUGAUGCAAUUAUUGCCUGCAUGUUAACUAGUUAAAUAUGACAAUAAAAAUUGUACCAGUUGUGAUGACCAAAAGUAUUCGUUUGAGACUGUCACAAUUUGUCUUGUUUGUUUCCAAAUCAAUCCAAAACUCAUUUUGUCUACUUGAUCUGACCAAAACUCUAAAGGACAAGGUGCUACCACUUUUUAUUUUCUAAUAAAAAAUGGUUAUAUUAA